AUGAAGAGAGAUAAAUACGGUCUACGCACUCAUUUUCCUUCACCGAAAUACGUCGGUUUUGCCGAGGAGUCUUCCGAAGAAUAUUCAAAGAAGAGAGCUGCCAACUUCAACAUCCAAGCCAGGUCAGAAAUACUCAAAAAGGAAACAUCAAAACUCAGAGAUACAUUACGCGUAUUUAAUUCUUUCCGAUUUAACAUUCCUCGCAUACAAGGCGAAAUUUGGAAUGUUAUCCCCCUGUUGGUUGCAGGGCCUGAGAAUGCAGAGCUAUAUACACACGGCCAAUCAGAGCAUGACAUUGAGAUCCAAAAAUUGACUGCCGAAUCACGAAUUAUCCAGGACCUCUUUACACUUCUUCAGGGAUUCAACGCUAAACUAUCAAAGAUUCAAGGGACUCUGAACGACUUUGCUACAGCUCAGGGAACAUCUAGGUCACCGAUCGGUGUUUAUCCUCAAAUCAGGCUUGAUUCCCCAGAUUCAGUGAGCACUAACUACGAGGAAAUAGGAUUCCUUAGUCCUGCAAUGGUAAAUUUCUCAUAUACUGAGAAAGAACUCACCAAAGAAGACAUUGAGCAUCAUUUGAGAGACGGAGACAGGUCAUUCCCGCCAACUAUAUCCGUUUCAACAAGUCCAGCGAGAAUCUAUAAGAUUAGCAAAAGACCGACAUUCUCUGACAGAAGGGAAUGCUACGUCUAUAUUAUAGACCCUGACUUACUUCAAUUACUCGGCAUCACUUGCCGCUCGACUUCGGAUCUUGUCGAAGAACUGGGAAUCGAGAAAUAUUCCCUCCGCAACCAAGACGGUGCACAAUACGUCACACCAAGUCACUAUGUUUGUCAUGGAUUUAUUCCUCAUGAAGCUAUAAUAAUGAAAAUGGAGUUGGGCGUAUAUUAUUUGUUGCUUGAAAAGACAGGAAUCACAAUAGCUGGAAGUCUGCAGGAUACCUCGUGCACCCAAAAGCUUACUGUCCAAGAUUAUCUUAACUUUGCGAGAAACCACAAUAAGGCAUAUCCUGCAACCUCUCGCGUGGAAUUGGGGCCCGCAGCAAAGGGUUUCAUCUCCUCGCAGGAGCACGUUGCCGAUAUUGGUGUCGAAUCUUUAGUGACAGAGAUGUCAGCUUUUCGACUACCGGUUUAA